AUGUCUGGCCGGACGCUGUACCCUAUUUUCGCUCAGACUCAGGGUUUUUCGAGCUCUACCUUCAAACGGCCUCCGAUGGAUGGCUCCCUCACGCUGCCUGAGUUAUAUGAAUGGCACGCAGAGCAUAGUCCGCAACAGCGCGUGUUCGUCUAUUCCAAGGACGACGGUGCUGUACAGGCUCUGUAUUGGCCCGAAGCUGUUAGAGCCAUGCAUGUCGGUGCUCAGAAGAUAAGGACACGUACGGAUUGGACGCCUGACAUGCAGGGACAUUCUGUAGUUGGCAUAUUGUCAUCAUCAGACAGUAUCCCGUACAUGGUUACCAUCAUGAGCAUCAUCCGCGCUGGCUUCGUCGUUUUCCCCAUCUCGCCCCGCAACUCGGCCGCUGCCGUCGCGCACCUCAUCAGCAAGACGAGCGUGCAGCAUGUUCUCGUGAGCAGCGAACAGGGCAUCACGGACCUCAUGCACAGCGCGCUUGAAAUUAUCAAGACUCAGCAGCCGAGCGUUCCUCUUCCGCGCGUCUCGCCCAUGUUCGUCUUCGGGGAACUCUUCGCUCCGCUGGCGGAGGAGGUCGACGACCUCCCGUAUGUGCCUCAUGGAUCUGAUACACCAGCGCUGAUCAUGCACUCAUCUGGAUCGACGGCAUUCCCGAAGCCAAUCCCCUUCUCGCAUCGACGCAUCCUCGACGCCUGCAUCAUCCCCUACUUUGGGGAACGCGACCUCGCGGACAAAGUGUUUUCGAUACACGUCGUGCCUCUGUUCCAUACCUUGGGAAUCGCUGUAAUGUGCUGGGUUGCAUCGUGCGGCAUUGUUUUGAGCGCGUUCGAACCGAGAUCGCCAGCGCCCGUUCCGAAUCCCGAUAUACAUUUCCUGGCUGCGAAGGCUACUGAGAGUGACAUAAUAUUCUCUGUUCCGUCGAUUCUAGAGGCUUGGUCGCUUAGGGCAGAGUGUGUAGAAUGGCUGGCUAGCCGAGACGGUGCUAUCUUCGGAGGAGGUCCUUUGAACAAACAGAUCGGCGAUUAUAUGACAUCACAAGGCGUGUCUAUAUUCAUCCUCUAUGGAACCACAGAAAGUCUGGUUCUCACACCCAUCAUGCCAGCCAAGGUGGGGUAUGACUGGGACUACUUCCAGAUUGCACCCUUCCUCGAUGUCAAGAUGGAGCUGUUUGGCGACAAUACAUACGAGCUCAUCGUGCUGGCGAAUGAGUUCUGCGCACCCAGCGUCAUCAACAUGCAGGUCGAUGGUCGGGACGCCUACAACACCUCAGACCUGGUCGUCCAGCAUCCAACUAAACCCGGGCAUUGGAAAGUAUAUGGACGAAGCGACGAUCAGAUCAUGCAUAACACGGGUGAGAAGACGAAUCCUGGACCCCUCGAGAGCAUGCUCAAUCAGGACCCACAUGUCUAUUCAAGUGUCAUCUGGAGUCAUUGUCGACCCGACCCGAAGCCUGAAUUCAGGUUCGACCCCUCUGACCAAGACAAGCUGGCGGAGUACCGUAACAUGAUCUGGCCUACCGUGGAGAAGAUGAACACAUUUGCGCCCCAGCACUCAUGGCUCUUCAAAGAGAUGAUCAUUGUAGCGCACCCGUCGAAGCCAUUCACGUACACUGCGAAGGGAACAGCGCGUCGCCAAGCCAUGAUCAACGAUUACGAUGAGGAGAUAGAGAAGUUGUAUCGCGCGGUUGAGGAGACGGCCCAGUCAAGCAUCCCGCCGCCUGAACAGUGGGAUUUCAAGACUACCACGGACUUCGUCCGUGCAGUAGUGGGAAAGGUCUUGUUGCAUCCCGUGAAGGACGACGAUGACCUCUUCGAACAUGGCUGUGACAGUCUACAAGCUACCUGGAUCAGGAACUCGCUUCUCCGUGCCAUCAAGGAUUCUGCGCACCUGGACACGCGUGGCAUCAGGAACUUUGUCUACGAUCAUCCCUCAGUCUCUCGUCUCGCUGCCUACAUCUCAAACCUUGUCGCGGGGACAGAAGCUCACUUAUCCGCAGACGUACACGUAAGCGCAAUGCGCGCGAUGGUCGACCAAUACACCAAAGACCUCCCAUCCCAUUCAGGAGAAUUGUCGCGCCCGAGUUCGGGUGGGGAUGUCAUACUCGUGACGGGCACGACUGGCAGUCUAGGCUGCGCUCUGCUCGCAAAAUUGGUUUUGGACAGUGGAGUUAUAAAAGUGUACGCUCUGAACAGGAUAGCAAAGAGCGGGGAGAGCCUUCUGCAACGGCAGAAGAUAGCGUUAGCCGAGCGAAGGAUCGACGUAGACCUUGACGAGGGUAAGGUGGUUCUUCUCAAAGGGGAUCUCAUCGCCCCGCGGUUCGGGAUCGAGCGCAGUAUCUAUAACGAGAUGAGAGAUUCCGUCACGCACAUCAUCCACAAUGCAUGGCGCGUGGAUUUCAACCUUGCCCUAGCAUCGUUCGAGAACAACGUGAAGGGAUUGCGCAGCCUUAUCGACUUCGCCUUGUCUUCUCCUUUCACUCACCUGCCGCGACUGAUUUUCGUCAGCAGCAUUGGUGUAUUCUCCAACAUUCCCGUCAGCGAGGUGCAUGCCGAAACCAGGAUCGCGCCCGAAGUUGCAGUGGGUACCGGCUAUGGCGAGUCCAAGUGGGUCUCGGAGGAUGUCUUGCACCAUGCGAGUGAACGAACGCCCUUAACGACGGUCAUCGUACGCGUGGGCCAGAUCUCUGGAGGUGUAGAUGGUGCCUGGAAUGCCACAGAGUGGUUCCCAGUACUCGUGCAAAGCGCGGAGAAGCUCAGGUGUUUCCCUGAGGAUCACAGGGCGGUAGAUUGGAUCCAGCUCGACGUCGUCGCAGCUGCAGUAAGCGACUUUAGGAGGGUGUCUGAUUCGGGCAUCGUCCAUCUCGUUCACCCUCGACCCAUACCUUGGAGGACAAUCGCGUCUGCGAUCUCGCGGCAGCUCUCGGUGCCGCUUGUUUCAUACGACCAAUGGAUAGCGACGCUGCGGCAAGCAGGACAUACUGAUCGUGACGCCGACGUCCCCCACGACGAUUCUGAGGUCAAGCUCCUGCGCAUGCUGCCCGCUCUCCGACUCCUUUCAUGGUUCGAAUCAUUGCGUACUGCGACCGGUACUUUGGCAAUGGGCUUCCCCGCACUGGAAUCAAAGCAUGCCGUCGCUACAUCGGCAACCUUAGCGGAUCCUAGAUUAAGGCAACUAGACGAGGAGGAUGUGGGACGUUGGAUUGAGUAUUGGAGAAGAAUUGCAUUGUUGUCAAGCAUAUGAAUAUGCUGAAAUUUUGAUUUGUGACGUUACUCAUCGAUGGUACAUAGUCCGCUGUAUGGUGCGAUUGCGUCUGUAAUAUACUUGCUCGAGUUGUAGCGCGUUCGCCGUCGGACAGCGUCGCCGGGCGAUGCGAGACGGAGUUGUACAGCGGAACGCCGAAGCCGCAGGACCG